AGACACUAAAUGAUGGCGGGGGCAAUGCAACCUGUGGUGAAAUCCUUUAAACAGGAAACUGAACUACUACGCAGAUGGAGUUUGGAAACACGCAGAGGGAUUCAGGAUAAGGACAGGAAGCUAAGUGAAGCCACAGAAUUAUCUGAAAGUCAGAAGCUUGAGAUCCUGACCCUGAUGAAGGAAACCGACCAGCUCCUCACCAACGUAAGAAACCUGGAGCAGGAGAAGCAGGAAGUCGAGGACAGGAUAAACCUUACUAAGGAGGCUGUCAGGGGAACCUCCGUUCAGGUUCAGGUUCUCAAAUCUCACACCAACUCUAUCCAGAGGUCCAUAGAUAUACUGGAUCAAAGUAUUAAAGAGAAGAAAGCUUAUUUGACCAUGAUGAGAGCUAAGUUGGAAGAGAUGUCUGAAAAGCACAGUUCAAUGCUUGAGGCGGGAGAGAGGAAGUGCCGAGAACUAGAAGAGGAGAUAGUAUUCGUGGUAAGAAGUCUUGAGCAAGAUCUGAUCUACCUGGAGAAAUCAAUCCUUGACAUGGAGACUAGGCUCACAGAGCUUGAGGAGCUUCUUCAAACCAAGAACGAGGAUGUAAAGAAGACCCAGACUGUGAUCCAAGCGCGUGAUGAGGAGAUAGAUAAGAUCAAUGCUGAGAUUAGAGAGGUUGGAGAGUCCAAGAAUCUAGAGAAAGAGAAGAUAUCUGCAAAAAUAUCCUUGCUAAAUGCAGAAAUAGGUCAGCUUAACAUUCAGAAGUCACACUUGGAGAAGAGCAGGGCUCACGGACAGGAGAAGCUUGAGAAACUUAAAUCUAAAAUUGGAGAAAUCUUGGAUAAACAAUCCGUUGUUAGACAAGAGAAGAUGACGAUUGAGCUUGAACAGGAGAAGAUAAAAUCUGUUCAAACUGAUCUUCAGGAUAGGAUUACAGAGCUGGAGAAUGAUCUAAAAAAGGAGAUGAAGACGAACUCAACCUUAAACCUGAGGAUGAAGGAGCUGAGUAAUCUAAAGCUGGAUUUAAAAAUGAAAAACGAUGAUAUUUCAGUAUCAGAAGAAAGGAAUGCUUCCCUUGCUGCUGAGAUAACUCAUCUUGCUAAAGUAGAGUUGGAGAUUGUUGGAUUAAACAGUAGGAUCCUGGAGCUAGAAGCAGAACUGCUCCGAUCCCAGGCAACCUACCAGGAGAAACUAUCCAGUCUGGAAUCCCAACAUGCUGGAACCAAACAGGCUCUGGAGAACACUUCAGGUUGUAGUUUAGAGAAGGAGGAGGAGCACAGAGUUCAGGUGGUUCAGCUUCAGGAGCAGUUAAAGGAUAUUACAGAGAAUACAGAGAUCCUCAACAACCAGCUCCCACUCAGGAUAGAUGAGUUAUCUGGAGCCGAGACAGGAUUAGAAGAACGUAAAUCUGAACAGAGUUCUCUAACUGAGAUGAAGAACCAGAAUGAAUCUGAUCAGGAUUCUCUUAACAAGGAGCUUGAUGCCGCUUUACUUCACUACGAAACACAGAUGAAAGAGAUGGAACUUGAAGUUGAGAAGUGGAACGAAGCUCUUAACGUUGAAGCAUCCUGUCUGGAAUCUGAAAACGAAAAGUUAAAGAACAUCUCGGGCGAAAUAGAAAAAAUCCGAGAAGAACUUAUUGUCUGCGAUGAUGAGUUGAUGAGCUCUGAGAAAAAGGUUAAGGAGGAGAAUACACGAUUAUCAGGAUUUGAGGAGGAUAAUAGAAGAGCUGGAGAAACUGCAGCUAGUUCCAGAUCUAGAACCGAGGAAUUAGUUUCUCAACUGGAGAACAAGGAACAAGCAGUAAAUAGUCUCAAGGAACGGAUGAUAGAAUUGAACCUGGAACUGGAGAAGGAGCUAGCAGCCUCCCUCCCUGCAGAGGAAGACAAGAUGUAUGAAAUCGAGUGUGAGAAGUAUGAAAAACUGAUUGUGAAACUUGAAUGCCUGAAACUGUCGAGAACGGAGUCGGAGAAAGUAUUACAGGAAGGAUCGGAUAGACUUCAAGACCUAGAGUUCAAGAUUACUGAGGUGAAAAGAAGUGGAAAAGAGUUUGCCCAAAGUGAGAAGUAUACAGAAAUGCAAGAGAGCAUGGAUAAACUGGUGGAGGAGUACCAGACUAAGGUGAAGAGUAUAAAGAUGUUGGAUGAUGAUCUGGAGAAGGUUGAUAUUGAGCUUAGUAAUGCUAAAUCAAGAAAUCACUACCAAAACCUAGAGCUGGAGAAUCAGAAGGCUGAAAAGAAGAGUUUGAUUCAGAAGAUUCAAGUUCAGGAGAAUAUAAACUCCGGUAAAUCUGCACCCGUCUCAAACAAACCCAGGUUUCAACCCCGAAAAAUGAUGUCAGACGAUGAGGAGUUUAUUCCAAGGAGAAUAAAGGUGCAGAGAACUCCUUCAGUUCAACGUACUCAAGGACUCUUCAAGAAGGGACAAACCACUCCAAGACAAGGUUCGAUCAACUCCAGACAGGUUCCAGGUACUCCAAGAAACCCCACAACCUUGAGACAGGUUUCAAGUACUCCUAGGGCAGAAACAAACAUUUCAAAACAGGUUCCGGCUACUCCUGGCAAGUUCAUAAGUCCGCCAUAUGCGGGUUUGAGGGUCUCAUCAGAGAACAGAGAUAGAACGAGGAAGGAAGAUGGAAGGAUGAAAGUAGACAACCCGGAGAAAAAUAAAGAACCCAGAACCCCGGAAACUAAGAAACAGGACGGAAUAAAUCCUGUACAGUCGUCCUGAAACCUUGCCUUUAUGAGGAUAAUGUUGGUGGAGAUAAAUUCACUGGAUUCAAAAAACCCUUGUGAGACCUAUCUCAGCUCGACAGAAGUACCUCAACAAUAUAUUUUCCUCGGAUGAAGAAAGCGCCUAAUUUUAUACGUUUAAACGCUUACCAAUAUAUUUGUACAUUUUGCUGGAAAAAAAAUCAUAACAAUGAA